AUGCCUUCUCUCCAGGCCAGCACAUCUGAUCCAGUGUCGUUCGGUGGCGUGGACACCCGCCCGGCACCCGCUGUUGUGAUCCGCAGACUUCCGCGCAACAUUGGCAACGAGGCCCUUCGAAGCAUGCUCAUAUUCGCUGGAGACCUCAUAGAUACGGAAUUCAUUCGAUCACCUUAUCCCGAGGACGCAGGUUAUGCCACUGCAGUGGCUCGGUUCCAGACUUCCGCAGGUGCCCUAGAGGCGCAGCAGAAGCUCCAUGGUAAACCAAAUACGACCAAAGAAGCAAGCAUGAUUGUGGAGGCGCACAGUACGAGCUCAGUUGGAGCCUUUGAAAGGCGAAAUACGAUCGAUGGCACGGCGUCCCGGACCCAGAACAGCUCUGCCUCCUCUGGCGGCGUUGGACGAUCACGCUUCAACAGCACUUUCCAGACAACCGCGGAGAGGCGCCCAUUCCAGAACCUGUUCUCGCCUCAGUCCCCACUUGCCAACGGUGUGGACGGCCAUUCACGUAUCAGCGGCAAGUCUGUCAUUAACGAUGACUCCGUGGACGAUGAGACUGGUGACAUCUUGAAGGACCCUGUCGCAUAUGCUAAAAGCGGCCAACAGCCCGCGACACGCAGGGCUACCACCACUACGAUACCUGUCAAUCGUUUUGGUAGUCUCUCGUUGAGUUCUACCAACGGUCUCACAUCACCGAGCGCGCAUGGCUUUCCCACCCAAAGAGGAAACGGCUCGAUAUCAGGACCUUCUGCCCAAGUGUCACCGAAUGGCAAUCCUAAUGGCACCUUCCCCAUGCCUGGAUUUCCCCGGCCGCAAUAUCCACCAGUGAAUCCUGCAGACCAGAAUCCUCCCUGCAACACGCUAUACGUAGGCAAUCUACCGAUCGAUACUUCGGAGGAUGAAUUGAAGUCGUUGUUCUCGAAGCAGCGAGGCUACAAGCGUCUGUGUUUCAGGACAAAGCAGAACGGACCGAUGUGUUUUGUCGAGUUCGAGGAUAUCAGUUUCGCAACCAAGGCACUUCACGAGCUUUAUGGGCAUCCACUGCACAACAGCGUCAAAGGUGGCAUUCGGCUCAGCUUCUCCAAGAACCCGUUGGGAGUCCGGUCGAACCAGAUGAAUGGCGGUGGAGCAAGCACGCCGAUGUCACCUCAAGCCAUGUCACCAGGCUAUACCGGGAUGGCCACUGGCGCCAAUUUCAGUGCCGUUUCUGGACCUCCUCCUGGCCUAGGUACGCCUCCUGGACUGAAUAACGGCGGAGGAUACCGAGCCCCUCAGACUGGCAUGGACGGCAUGUUUAGCAACCCUUUCAGCGUUCCGUCUCAAGACUUUGUCAGCCAGCUGAGCCCACGGAACUACUCUGGAGGUGUCCCACAGCCACUUGGAGCAGGAACAUUUGGCCGCGACUCCAGAGGCUUCACUGACUAUGCUUUGGGCCGCUAG